AUGGUGGUCCUGAUCAUCCUUUGGAGGGUCCUGAGAUUCCCAAACCUUCUUCUUCCUCAGGAUAUAGAAGAAUACAUGAGGCCUGAGAACCAGAGCAGUGUGUCUGAGUUCCUCCUCCUGGGGCUCCUCUUCCCACCGGAGCAGCAGAGCUUGUUCUUUGCCCUGUUCCUGGGCAUGUACCUGACCACAGUGCUGGGAAACCUGCUCAUCAUCCUCCUCAUCAGGCUGGACUCUCACCUCCACACUCCCAUGUACUUCUUCCUCAGCCACUUGGCCUUCUCUGACAUUUCCCUUUCAUCUGUCACAGUUCCAAAGAUACUCAUGAACAUGCAGACUCAGCGACAAUCCAUCUCCUAUGUAGGGUGCAUUUCUCAGUUGUAUUUUUUCAUAGUUUUUGGUUGUCUUGACAAUUUCCUUCUUGCAGUGAUGGCAUAUGACAGGUAUGUGGCCAUCUGUCACCCACUCCACUACACCACCAUGAUGAGGCAAGAGCUGUGUAUAUCCUUAGUAGCUGGGUCCUGGUUCUUCAGUUGUGCACAUGCCCUGUUGAACACCCUCCUCUUGGUCCAGUUGUCCUUCUGUGCUGACAAUACCAUCCCCCACUUCUUCUGUGAUCUCACCGUACUCCUGAAGUUGAGCUGUUCAGACAUCUCCCUCAAUGAGCUGGUCAUCUUCACUGAGGCAGCAAUGGUUGUCAUCUUGCCUUUGAUUAGUAUCUUGGGUUCAUAUAUUUGUAUAGGGACCACUGUCCUGAGUGUCCCCUCCAACAAGAGACUCUUUAAAGCCUUUUCUACCUGUGGCUCCCAUCUCUUCGUGGUAUCUUUAUACUAUGGGACCAUUUCAGGUGUUUAUUUUUUCUCUUCAUCAUGGGGCUCCAAUGACGAAGACAUAAUUGCUUCGGUCAUGUACACAGUAGUUACUCCCAUGCUGAACCCCUUUAUCUACAGCCUGAGGAACAGAGAUAUAAAAGAGGCUCUGGAAAUGUUUGUCAAUAGGGCUAAUUUCUUUAAGUGA